GCGCCUAAGCCAUGAAAAAGACCACGAACGCGAGAUAGUAACGUCACGUCCGAGUCGCCACCUUAACCUUAUUUACUGUUAUACGCUCCGCAUUAAUGCCGCACAAUAAGUCCCUCUACAUCACCGUAGGCGAAUGCUAGUUUUUAGCGCCUCCGCUAGCCUUCGACCGCGCUGAAGCGCACCCACUCGCCUCGCUCGCUCUCCCGGAGGACACGGCCAUGGCUUACGCGCAGGUACUGGGCGCCCUGCUGCACCGCAACCUGCGUCAACGUAAACUCGCGCAACUCGGCUUCCUCGUGUGCGCGCGCGGGCCGGCGUCGAGCGGCGGAGUCCACGCGCCUCCGCCCGCCUGCCGCUGGCCGGGCGACCUGACGGCGACUCACGCGCGCGCUCAGAGGUGCUUUUCGCUCUAUUCGGAAGCCAGAAAUCAAAGCAGCCCCAAAGAGAGAGACGGGUCGGUCUCCAGGUACCAGGGUGGAGCCCCGAAGCCUUCGGCUGCACGAAAAGUGAAAGAAGCUGGCCGAGACUUCACCUACCUGAUAGUUGUGAUCAUUGGGCUUAGUGUGACAGGUGGAUUGUUAUACGUGGUGUUCCAAGAGCUGUUUUCCUCCUCGAGUCCAAAUAAAGUCUACGGGAAAGCCUUCAACAAGGUCCGGUUGGACCCAGAGGUAAUUGGCGCAUUUGGGGAGCCAAUCAAGUGUUAUGGGGAGACUACCCGUCGAGGCAGGAGGCAGCAAGUCAGUCACCGGGAGUACAUGAAGGAUGGACUAAAGCACAUGAGGCUUAACUUUUACAUCGAGGGCUCCGAGCCUGGACGCAAAGGAACUGUGCACUCUGAGUCAGUAGAGAAUCCUGAAACUGGAAAAUAUGAGUUCCGUUACAUAUAUGUGGAAGUAGAUACCUACCCAAGAAGAUCCAUCAUUGUGGAAGAUAACAGAUGAGGAAGAUAAUGGACGUAUCUCUUCACUGAAAACGCAUUCAGGAAUUUUUUUGUGCAAUUUCACUUUAAUUUACCAUUAUAACUUGUGUUAAAGUUCAACAGUUUGUCUGACCUUUUAACUUUAGAUUUUGUAAGAACAAAUACUGUUGAAAUACAAUAAAACUGUUGUUGUGGAUA